AUGUACAAUCCUUACCAAGCUCCGGGUCUUUAUGGACAGGCUCCUGACUAUGGCGCCUAUGGUGCGCCUCCGGGCAUGGCACCUCCUCCAGGGAUGGCUGCUCCAGGUACUGCUGCUCCUCCCGGCAUGCAGCAAGCAAAUGCCCAGCCUGGUCGUCCAGGAAGCUUCCCGCCCAGCUUCCAACCACCUGCGAAUAUGCCAAACAUCAAUUUUUCUGCGCCAGUGAUUCGCUUGGGUACCUCGGGCCCCGCCAAACCUGCAGCUCAAGACAGCGGUCGGGAACGGGGAUCCGAUGCUCCUGGGCGCCGCGGUGGUCUGGGGUCAAUGGGAAUGGAUACCCAGCGCCAUCAUGGUCGCGAUCCCAUCAUGCAACUCCAGCCUCCUACACGCGACGAGAUCGUGCGCACACUUUUUAUCGGCGGUAUUACAGAGGGCGCUGGUGGUGAUGAUGGCAUUCAACGUAUUCUACGAUCUACUGGUAUCUUGCGUCGUUGGAUUCGCGCGACAGAUGCUGAUGAGAAACCUUGCCGCUUUGGCUUUGCCGAGUACGAUGACCCGGAGAGUCUUGAGAUCGCCGUUGAGACCUUGAAGAACGUCGAAGUGCCAGUCAAGAGACAGACACCCCGCGCUGAAGGUGAGGAGGAAAAAGAGGUUGAAAAAAGCAUGCUUCUGGUUGUCGUCGAUGAAGGCACCCUCACCUACCUAGAGCAAUUCGAGUCUAGCCGAGCCGAGCAAGACCCCGAGGAACGCCAGGCACGUUUCACCGCUGCCCGCAAAAAUCUGGAUAAUGUCUUGUCGAGCCUCUUCCACCCCGCAGCUCCCCUUCCAAAGGAGGAGGUUUCGGCCCUUGAUCGGGAAGGCGACAGCGAAAUGAAGGAUGCUGAGCUUGCGAAGGAUGGUGAAGUGGUCACUAUUCCAAUUACAAUUGAGGAUGAGCUAGCCGAUAUCCCCCCGGAGAUGCGCGCCAAUGUGGCCAAGGAGAUCUCGGCUUUCCGUGAACGAAGCACCCGCCGCGACAUCGAGCGGAUGAAGCGCGAGGAAGAAAUUGAGUCGAUGGAGCGUGCACGCAAUUCUGGCCGGAUCAAUCGACUUGCUUCGCCUCCGGCAUCCGCUCCCAGUGGCCCUGCUGCUGGUAUCAACGGUAUUCCAUUGGGCCCCCGGGAUCGCAAUGUGUUGAACGCACCUUCUGGUCCGAAGGCAUUUGGUGUGCAGAUUCCCAAGGAUUAUCAGAAGGGAGUUGCUUUUGUCAAUGGUGGAUCCCUCAACGGAGUCUCUAUUGAUCGCGAAGGCGAGGAUUCCGAUGCUAGCGACGAGGAAAUUGAACGCCGUCGACAGGAUCGGCUUAAGGCUGAGCAAGAGAAGCAAUUCGCAGACCAAGAGCGCCGCUGGCUCAGCCGUGAGCGCAGCCGAACUGCUGCCCUGGAGCGAGAGAAGAAGCGCGAGGAUGAGGAAGAUGGAAAGUUGCAAGCUGCGCACGAUGAGAUGGAAGCACGACUUGGCGCUUGGAAUGACGAUGUCGAGGACAGCCGGAAGGCGGUCGAUUACUACGCAGACCGCGGUGCUUGGCUCCGGAACCGUGCAAGCUUCCGUGCUCGUGAGGCCAACAUUGACGAUGCCGAUCGCGCCGCUGAGGAUCGCGAACGUGUGCAAUCCGCCAAGCAGCAAGAGCAGGCUCGUGGUAUGGCCGACGACUUCCUCGCUCGGCAGGCAAAGGAGCUCGAGACACGUCCCCAGGAGGCACCCCGCGAACCCCAACGCUUCAAGCUAUCCCUUGGGGCUGCCGCACAGAAGGCUCAGGCCGCAACCAGCCGCCGCGCAAUGGCCGAUGUGGAAGGUCUGUUGGAGGACGAGGAAGAACCCGUUACUGCAACCCGUCGGCAACUUAUUCCGAUCAAAUUCGAUUCCGCUGCCGAAGCUGCAGGUCUCACCGACGAGGAACGUACUCAGGCUGCCCGUCAACUCGCAGCAGAGAUUCCGGCCGAGAAGGAAGGCUUGUGGAACUGGGCGGUCAAGUGGGAAUUUGUCGACGAUGCUGUCAUCACCGACCAGCUCAAGCCUUUCGUCGAGAAGAAGAUCGUCGAAUAUCUUGGUGUACAGGAGCAAAUGCUGGUGGAUGUGGUGGAGGAACAUGUGCGGAAGCAUGGAUCGCCUCAGGAGUUGGUGGAGCAGCUGGUAGAAGCAUUGGACGAAGAGGCCGAAGUCCUUGUUCGCAAGCUUUGGCGGAUGAUCAUUUUCUGUUCCGAGAGCGAGAAACGAGGCCUGUCUUCGUGA